GUAUCGAAUUUCGAUCCGGUUAUGGCACCGACCGAAAUGCUCCGAUCCUAUCGAAUAUCAAAACAUUAAUAGUUUUCCGGUGCCGUAUUUCGAUACUCAAUGAAAUUAAUCCCAGCCUGUCUGCCAAUAGUAAUAUCGUUUUCAACUGUUUCUGGGUAAAUGCUACGUCUGUGAGCCAAUAAUCAUGUGGUAUUAGUGGUUACGAAUCUUAAGUCGCUGGUGAUUGGCUGUCACAUUUUCGGAGCGCGAGACACGUUUGUCUACUUGACCGUCACUAUAUCAAACUUUGUCAGCUGUAGCGUAACAUCACUCUUGACGUUGUCAUAAUGCCUAAAAGGUCCAAAGUGUGGCUCCACUUCGCUCAGGUGGACACCAAUAGAGCCAGAUGCUCUAUUUGCCAAAAAGUCGUGCUGGCGAAAGACGGCAACACAUCAAAUCUUGCGAAACAUUUAAUAAUGCACAAGAUUAACCUCCGGUCGGACAGCUGCUCCGUGUUUGACUGUAAAGCUAAGAAAGCUAAGAAGGACGACGGGACUUCAGUCACCAGACCGCCUCCUUCUUCCACAUCGAAUUCUCUAUCGGCUAGUGACCGGGAUUCAGCUGGGAGUUUGGCCAACAACAUUACAGGCCUGCCAGAGCACUCAGUCAUUCUGGACGUUAAGACCAGAUGGAACAGCCUAUAUUUAAUGAUGGAGCGUUUUCUGGAAAUGUUCCCUGCCAUCCAGGCAGCCUGCAUGGACCCUCGCCUGAAGAAGUCCAUGGAGAAGGAGAGACUUGACAGAAUUUCAUGUGACGACUUCAGGAAAGCAGAGGAGUUCGUAAAAUUGAUGAAAAUCAUGUACCAGUCAACUGUUUGCAUCUCUUCCGGAAACAACGCCACACUAGGUCAAAUUAUUCCAAUCAUAAAAAAACUUCAAGAUCAAUUCAGGGUCACAGCAGACGACUCUUUCUUCUCUAAUGCCAUAAAGGAAAAAGUCUGGGAUGACCUUUCCAAAAGAUACCAAGGUGAGGGCAUUCAGGAGUUUUUGGAGGAGGGCACGGCUCUGGACCCUAGGUUCAAGGGAAAGGUAGAGGAUGCUGUGUGGUACAGACUGGAGGAGGAGUUAAUCGAUCGAGCCUCACACCAGAACAGAGGUGAAACUGCCCAGGCCCAGCAGCAGGUGGACGAUGGAGACAGCUCAUGCGAUGAAGCCAGUUCAGCUGCAACAGAGAAACUGACAAAGCUGUCUGCGCUGGAGGAGUUGUUCAUGGAUGAGGACAUAGAGGUGGGAGAGCGGAAUUACCCAAUUGCGAGCCAAAGGGAUAAGGUGAAAGAAGAAAUCCGCCACUACAGAGGUUUGCCAUCAACUUUGUCAACUGUUGAUCCAGUGACCUGGUGGUGGGACAUGCGGGGCACCCUACCAGCACUAUCAAGCUUGGCUGCAAGGUACCUCUGUGUUCAGGCGUCAGCGACACCAUCAGAGCGCACCUUUUCAACGGCUGGCGACACAAUCAGCCAGGAGCGGGCCUGUCUGUUGCCAGACAAGGCAGACAUGCUGAUCUUUCUAAAAAAAAACUGUUGAGUGACUGUUGUCAUGCAGUUUGGACUCUUUGGACAUUUGUUUGCAUCAGUUUUUCUCUUUGUUAUUAUUAUUCCAUUGUUAUUUAUUCAUUCAUUAUUAUAACUGAGUGCCCUCGACUAGGCCCCCAUGCCUAGAUCUCUGUGUAUUUAUGUAUGUGUGUAUUUAUGCAUGUGCUCUCUCUCUCUCUCUCUCUCUCUCUCUCUCUCUCUCUCUCUCUCUCUCGCUCUCUCGCUCUCUUGCUCUCUCUCAGUUCUGAAAAAUAAAUUCUAUAAUUCCUAAUUUGUUUUUGUUGUGGAAAUUGAUUUUUAAAACAUCAGGUAUCGAAAAAAGUAUCGUAUCGAACCGGU